AUGGCGACACGCGAGGCGACUCAGCUUUUCAGGACUGUCCAAGGCCAGAAAGGCCCCGUGAUUCUUCGAGGCGUAGGAAUUCACGAAGGAAAACAUCGUGAGCGGCGUGCACGAGCGUCCGAGCACGGCCCAAGGGUGUAAUGUGUGCUAUGGUGCCACGAGUAAACAACAAAAGCGCCCUGGAAUCAUCACGCAAGUGUAAUUAGUAACGAGUGACGUAACGGCGGGUGUCGCAGCGUUGAAUCAUCGACGGUGUUCUGCUGCCAAAUUCGGCGCGAAUCUCGGAGACGUUGACAAUUUCACCUCCGUGCUCGGGCCGUAGUCGAGUAUGGAGUUUUAAGAAGAUAGUUCAGCGAGCCGUGAGAAAAAAAAGAGAGAGAGAGAGAGAGAGAGAGAGCUCUUGGAAAAGUUACGUAUUUUAUAAAGCUCAUGCUCAAAUUGGUGAAAAGUUAGGUCCUGUAAAAGUGUCGAAUAUAUAUACAUAUAUAUAUACAUAUAUAUAUAGGGAGAGAGAGAGUGAGAGAGACACCCUUCGUCAUGUGCACGAACGAAAACAACCGAAAUCACUCCCUGCGUUCGAUCAACAACACUCAUAGCUCCUUCGUAAGGUUUGUGAAUACAACCUCGCGAAAUGUUGGCGUUUACUGGAUCGAUUAUCAAGGUCAGGCGGUACAGUACAAGGUCUUGUCCUACAACGACCACCUCGACGUCAACACCUUCGAGACACAUCCAUGGAUAUUUGUCGACGAAGAGACGAGAGACAGAACCAAACACAGAACGAUGGAUCGAAUAUUCUUUGUCGUCUUGACAAUCGGUGCAAUUUCUUUACCCGUGAGUCGCGGAGAGCUUUAUACGGCCUUGGCUGACAUGGAGGAACUCUUGGAGACCGAAUCGGUCCUAAUUGAUACCUUGCACGGAUUUAUUCACGCACAAGAAGAACGACUAGCCACUCUCAAAAGAAAUGUCGAGGAUUACGCGCGAGAACAUGAGGAGGCGUCGAGGAACAUCCAGCAGUACUUGUCGAAUCCAAUAAACGCUUAUCUUCUGGUGAAGCGUUUGACAACCGACUGGAAACGGAUCGAAGAACUAAUCACCGAAGACGUCGGAAAGGCUUUCGUCAGUAACAUAACGAAUUCGAGGAACGACCUGAAGUUCCCUACAGACGAGGAUCUCAACGGAGCUGCGGUCGCGCUUAUGAGGCUUCAGGACACGUAUAAGUUGGACACUGCCCACGUUGCCAGGGGGGUCCUUAACGGAGUUCAGUACAGCACUGGUCUCAGCGCCGGGGACUGUUUCGAACUAGGCAGGCAGUCGUACAACAAUGCUGACUAUUACCACACGGUGUUAUGGAUGCAGGAAGCCAUGGACCGUCUCCAGGAAGAGCACAAUAGAACUACGACCACGAAACCCGACAUUUUGGAGUAUCUCGCAUUUUCGACCUACAUGCAAGGAAACGUCGCCCGCGCACUCAGCAUGACUAACGAACUUCUUGAAUUAGUACCGACCCAUCAGCGUGCUCUAGGUAAUCGCGCGUACUAUCAAGAGGAAAUGCAGAAAAAAAUUACCCAGCAAAGACGGAAGCGUGGCGAAGACGGCCAGGAAGAAGCGAUUCCAGCUGAUCAGCCCUUCACUGUAGCUGAGAAGAAGAUCAAAACAUGGGAAGAGUUGACGGAAAGGGAGCGGUACGAAAUGCUGUGUCGUGGAGAGGUGACGCUACCAGCCGACGUCCAGAAAAAUUUGAAAUGUCGUUACGUGGAACGGGGAAUUCCCUUCCUCAAAAUCGCGCCGUUCAAGGAAGAAGAAGCUUUCUUGGAUCCUAGAAUCGUGAUAUAUCACGACGUAAUUUAUGACGAAGAAAUUGACACUGUGAAGAGGAUGGCUCAGCCGAGAUUUAAAAGAGCAACUGUCCAAAACUACAAAACUGGUGAAGUUGAAAUUGCGCAUUAUCGUAUCAGCAAAAGUGCCUGGCUCCAGGAAUAUGAACAUCCACACGUAAAGGCUGUCAGUAGGCGAGUGGAGGACCUGACAAGCUUGACUGUCGAUACUGCGGAAGAGCUGCAAGUAGUCAACUAUGGAAUUGGUGGACAUUACGAGCCCCACUUUGACUUUGCAAGGCGAGAAGAAAAAAAUGCUUUCAAAAGUCUUGGAACUGGAAAUCGAAUCGCAACGGUCCUUUACUAUAUGAGUGAUGUGGAACAAGGCGGUGGUACUGUUUUUACAAAAAUCAAUCUUGCUCUUUGGCCACGAAAGGGUAGCGCUGCAUUUUGGUUCAACUUGAAGCCAAAUGGCGAAGGAGAUUACAGAACGAGACACGCCGCAUGUCCAGUUUUGACCGGCUCUAAGUGGGUGGCGAAUAAAUGGCUCCACGAGAGAGGACAAGAAUUCCUACACCCCUGUAACUUGGAGAAUCAGACACCAGAUCCUGACAGCGGGCUUUACUAAAUGCUCACAAUCAACCCGUUUCGUACACCUUGCUGUUUCUUGGUGAAAAUAUUGACAUAUGAGAAAGUCCUUGACGCUUAACUAAACUGCCAGGUAUUCGUCAGCAGAUUUUAAACAAACGCUAAAAGAAUUGGAUUUAAAAUUUAAAUCAGUCUCUCAAAGUAAGAACGUCCACCAUACCGUGUAAUGAGGGAUUUUUGAUAACUAUAAAAAUGAGAUCAAAUAUUUCGAUGAUGCAGGUAAUUUAGGUUCUAGGUCAAACUUACAAUCCGUAUAGUGGAAAAAUGUUGAUCUAUACGCGCCAAAGCUGCCUUGGCACAAAGGACGCUGUCUUUCAUCCUUUCAAUGGUCUUAUCAAUUUCUCAUUCUUUGUAGUUAAGUAUAUUAUACACAUCAGCUGUGCCCUCUUGCAGAAUCAGUUUCCAUUUUUUAGCUUUUGAUUAACGCAUGACGAGACUGCACUUUGCAUUUAUCAGGUGGGAGUGAUGAACUGUUAUUUACCAUUUCAUAAAAUUAAGAAGGGUUUUAUAUUGAUAUUAUUAGAUGAUAUUAUAUAUAAUAUAAUUAGUAGCAAUAUAUUAUAAAUUAUACUAAUUAACAAGUACAACUUGUUGUGCCAUUGUUAUUGGCAGUGUGUGGCAAAAAUAACUGCAUAUGGGCUCAAACGUAAAACAUUUACAAUUAUUUUCACUAAUCAAAUUUGAUCAGAACUAAGCCAUUCGUAAAUUUGGUUCUCCUAAUAUUCUUUAAAAUCGUUUGAUAGUUUAUUUAACUAUCUUACUGCAAUCAGCUACGUAAGCAAUAUACUUUGUUCUGACACUUAGUAGCCACUCUUACAGUUGGCAUAAAGUUUCACGCUGUUAUUCAAAUUGUGCUAGCUGCCGUAACUAAAUAAAUUACUCGAAAUAAUUGCACAUUGCAGUAUUUUUUGACUUAGAAAGUAAUUUUGUUCCAUACGCGAAAUGUUACUAACUGGUGAUCAUUACCGGUCUAUUAGUUAACUUAAUUAUCCAAUGAAUUUCUCGAUAGCUCGGGAUAAAUAUUUAUCUCAGUGAGGAAAAAUAAUAUCAAUUCGAAGCAGAAAUGCAAAGAAUCGAUAGCAGCAGAGCCUGUGCGAAAAUUUAAAUAUAAAGCAGUUAUACAAAUUACUCGACUAAGAAUUCAUGAAAUGAAACUGAAGCUGUAAGACUUUGCGAGAAGUUGCUAACACAUUGUUAUCUUUAAAGGAAUGACAGUUAAGAUACCGUAAAUAGUAACAAAUGCAAAACAAAUAAUAUUAUAUAGUUGAAUAUUACACUAGAUAAUGGUCACAUAGCAUAUUUUAAAAUGUAAAUCAAUUUACAAUAAACUACAAUCGAUAUUAUACAUGUAUUAUUACACAUACCGAUAUACAUUAAUUACACAUAAGUAUAAAUAUUGCAGUCUAAUAUAUUAUUAAUGUUGUUCAAAAAUAUGCUGCAAUAUAAUAUAAUGCGUAAUAUCGGUUUAAAUAAUUUAGAUCAUGAUAUCAUCAUUAUUAAUAUUGAUUAACUGAUUUUCGGAAUAUCGCACAAUAGCAAAUAAACAUUUUCAAAAAUUAGAAUACCAACUAGCGGUUGGAGUGUGUUUUCAUUAAUUCCUCUAACAAUAAAAUGAAGAUGCAUAUUAAGUAUAACUCGUA